AUAGUAGGGUGAAGGGAGAUAGGACACCUUUAACACAUUUUAUCUAAAUAUUCUCAUCGUGUUUUAAACAAUUAACUAGGGCCUAGAAGUCGUGAGGAUACGGUUCGUGAGAAUACAGUUUUAUAAAUGUUCUCUGCAUGACUUUUACCAAAUAGGACGAGUAAGUAGAAUGAAAAAGUGUCCCAUCUUGCCCCAUGCGACUAUAUAUGUCAUAAUUUAUACAACAGGGUCGUGACGCGUUACUUUCAGCAUAAAAAUCGUGUCGUGUAAAAAUAUCGUGGUCAAGUAUAACAUUUAUCGUUAUGGGAGGACAAACGCGGGUGAAAACGUCAAAUUCGUUCUUUAAAUUUAUUUCCGGUCGGUAAAUGUAACAUGAUGAAAACAUCCGUUUAAAAUGCCGGUCGUGAUAGAUCGAUUAUAUUUUGCCGUUUCGGAAAUCCCUAUGUGCUGACACAGCAAAGAACAAUUGCUGCCUAAGGUGAUCUCACAACGUCUUAUUACGUAAUUACAUGUUUGCUGAAUCUAUUCGUCGAGCCCGUUCUCAAUAGAUUCCAAAUUUGGCCGUGACAGUCGUGAUCUAGUCUUGUUUUUGUAGUUUGCGCACUUAUAACAUGCAAUUAUAUUCUAACGUUUCUUCUUUCUGUGAUCAGUUCGACUAUACUUUUACAUUUAUUUCUCAGUCCGUAUAAUACGAAGUGUACAGUGCCUAAUUUAGUGAGUUAACAUUUGUGCGUUUGGUCUGUUGCGAAUUAACUGAUUGUCAAGUUCUAAAUCGUUUCGCUUUCUUUCUGCCCUGGUGCCUAGUCUUGUCACGUGAAAAACACUCAGGGAUUAUAAAUAACCACCCACGAUUACUUACGUAAUAGCUGAAAAUGAUUCCCACGUGAUGCGAAGUCAUUAAACAAAGAAACAACGUCACGCAAGAACUUUACAUGACUAGCUGAAGCAAGCGAUGGAUUUGUAUGAGCACAAUCAGCUUUCUGAAUGCUUGAAGUAUAUAGCUAGUCCAAGCAAAUCUGUUUGCAUGAUGCUAGACAUCAAAACAACAACGGCUCAUAGUAGCACGUUCGUUAAACCUAAUUUUUCGAAUGAAAUCGUGCAAGGUCUAAGAAACCUUCGAACCGAUGGUAAAUUUUUUGACAUUGUUAUUCAUGUUGCUGACGAACGAUUCCCAUGCCAUAGGAUUAUCCUGGCAGCAGCCAGUAACUAUUUCAGGAGUAUGUUUGCUGGCAUGAUGAAGGAAAGCUGUACUGACAAAGUUACCUUAUUUGGUGUAGAACCUGAAGCUGCCGAGAUUCUCAUUGAAUUCUGUUACACCGGUACUGCAGUAAUUACUGAAAACAAUGUGAUUGAACUGCUAAAAGCAUCGGAUUUAUUGCAGUUCCAUAGCGUACGUGAAGCAUGUUGCGAAUUUGUUGGUAAACGUCUUGACUCUUCAAACUGCUUAAGUGUUCGACAAUUUGCUGAGAAAUUAUCUUGUGCCAAACUUGCUGAUGAAGCACUUACUUACACAGCGGAAAAUAUUGUAACAGUAGCGUGUUCACAGGAGUUCAACAGCCUCAACUACCAGCAGAUACGUCCGAUUCUUGCUCACCACAUGUUGAAUAUAGAUAAGGAAGAAGGAGCUUUUGAAAUUCUUAUGCAAUGGUUGAAAUGUGAUAUUGAGCUCAGGAAAGAUGAUUUUUGCCGAUUGAUGGAAGUGAUUCGUCUUCCUUUCAUCCGAAGGAUUUACCUUCUUUCAAAGAUCGAAACCAACCCUAUCGUUCGUGCAUCAACACUGUGUAAGAAACUUAUCAAAGAAACUCGACUUUUCCACACUUGCAUGUUGGAUAAAAAUGAGAAAACCUCAAUUAGGUUGCAACCACGGCCUUCUACAGGGAUUGCCGAACUGUUGGUAACAGUUGGAGGUUGUGAUGAAAACUGUGACGAGGCGACGACAGUUGUAAGUUACAACCCCGUCUCAGGAACGUGGAAAGCUCUUGCUCAGGUUGAGGAUAAUUUAAGAGGCGGAUAUGCAACUGUAUCUAUUGGAAAUGAUAUUUACGUCACUGGUGGUUCUGAUGGUGCUACAGUUUAUAACAGGGUAUGGCGGUACAAAUCACAAGUGAAUGAAUGGAUCAAAGUUUGCAACAUGAAUUAUGCUCAUGAAUAUCAUGGAUCUGUUGUAUUACAAUCUUAUAUUUAUGUGAUUGGGUCAGAAGGAUGUGAAAAGUACGACUUCAUCUCAGACAGUUGGACACUUAUCGCUAAAGUUCCACACCGUGUGAACAACUGUUCUGUUGCCGCUUGUGCUGGGAAAAUUUACACCAUCGGUUCACUUUAUGGAUCUGAGGAAAUUCUUCUUCAAGUUUAUUCUCCUGACAGAGAUAAAUGGGACAACAUACCAAUCAACUUACCCCCAAUGUCAUUCGUACCAACCAUCUCUUCAUUAAAAGGUCUUCUUUACUUUACAAGCGAAGACUCAAAAGAAGUUUUGACCUUCGAUCCAAGAAGAAAUGAAUGGAUCAAUACAACUAGUCCCAUGUUACAUGUGCACCUUGGUGGUAGCACCACUGUAUUUGGCGGAAAACUUAUUGUAUCUGGUGGUUACGAUGAGAGGUAUGAUCUUUCAGGGAUCAUCGAAGCGUAUGAUACAGACACAAACACUUGGUCGGUGAUUGGAAAAAUGCCUCAACCUAUAUUCUGGCAUGGAUGUGUUAGCAUCUACAGGUAUGUAGCUGCACCAUCAGGCCAAACUUAUUGCGCUGAUCCCGAUCUUUACAAAUUGUCCACGUACGUCGAUAUCAGCCAACUCUAGCUCAUACAUAUCACCUCAUCAUCAUUACAACUGUACAAGGUGUAAUUUGCACGCCUUUAUUGCUUCGGAAGAUAAACGUUGUUAAAAAUAACAGUAUUAAAGUGAAGGUCAAAAAUAUAAUGCAUUUUAACAGCAGAAUAACCAUAUACAUUAUUAUACACAAUGUAUUGCUAAUGCAAUUUUACAACACACUUUACACAUCAACAUAACCUUAACAAAAGAUUAAUUAAUGAGUUUAUAGUUCAUUAUUGUAUAAAAAUAUACUUAUGAAUCACAUAUCAAAAAUGCAAUUGGUUUUGAAAUUGUUAAAUAUAUACAUAUAGCUGUUAAUUCAUAUAUAACUUUACCUUUUUGUUAGCAUUUUUCUCAUUCAAAUGUGCCAUGUGUUUGUUACUAGUGUAAAAUAGUUCGAGAAAUUGUUUAAGAAACUAAACUGAUUAGCGCAGUCGACUAGGUUUAUCUUCAAUGUACAUCGCGUGUUAACACUGUUACUUUGUAUGUUAAGUGCUACUGCUGCUGACGAUCGUUUUUAAAACCGUAAUAUAAAAUUUGUUCGUA